AUGCCUAGAGUCUUCUUCAUCACAGGCGCCUCAUCUGGCCUUGGCCGUGCCUAUGCGCAGGAAGUCAUAAACCGCGGUGAUUUCGUUGUCGCUACAGCACGUAAAAUUGAAUCACUUCAGUUCUCAGGCACCUCGGCCAAAAACUAUCUCCCGGUUUCUCUCGAAAUCACGGAUCGUGCCAAUAUUGUUGCCGCUCUACGGGCUGCCGUCGACACAUUCGGCCGCAUUGACGUGCUAGUUAACAAUGCUGGAUAUGGCCUUGUGGGGAUUUUCGAGGAACUCACAGAUGAUGAGAUCAAUCGUGAAAUGGCUGUGAAUUUCUUCGCCACUCUCGACGUGACCCGCGCUGCGAUCCAACUGAUGCGCGACCAGACCCCGUGUGGAGGCGUUAUCCAGCAGAUAACGAGCAUAACCGGUCAAUGCGGGUUUUCCAUGAUGAGUCUUUAUUGUGCCUCCAAGUGGGCUGUGGAAGGUUUUACCGAAUCCAUUGCACAGGAAGUGAACCCGGCUUGGAAUAUCAAGUUCACGUGUAUCGAACCGGGCGGAUUUAGGACAAACUUCUUCAACUCUAUAAGCCUCCAGGAGUCAAAAACUCCUGCUUAUGCUCAUCUUCAUCCGCGCGAAACCACCAAAGCGCUGGAAAAGGCCCAGCGUGGGGACCCUUCUAAAGGUGCUAAAGCUAUGUACGAGCUGGGAAUUAUGAAAGAUCCGCCUCUGAGAAUUGUAUUGGGCUCGGAUGCGCUUGAACAGAUGUUGACCAAGACGGAGCAAUAUGGGAUAAGCCUGAGGAAAUACGAGCACAUUUCCAGUAGUACAGAUGCUGAUGAGAAUGAGAAAUGGAAGUAA